AUGACUAUCACCAUCACUGUCGAGAAGGAUGGAUACUACGAGGUCAAUGGUGCCAGGCAAGAGCCCACCGUGUCUCUCUAUGUCAUUCCUGCAGCAUCCAAGCUGCGCCGGAUGCUGAAAGACACCAAAGAUCUGAUCGUGUGCCCUGGAGUGUAUGAUGGACUUUCCGCUCGCAUUGCCAUGGAGGUUGGCUUCAAGGGACUCUACAUGACUGGAGCUGGAACCACUGCAUCACGCUUGGGAAUGGCAGACCUUGCCCUUGCACAGCUUCAUGACAUGAAGACCAAUGCUGAAAUGAUCGCGAAUCUCGAUCCAUUCGGGCCACCCUUGAUCGCGGACAUGGACACUGGUUACGGAGGUCCCCUGAUGGUCUCCAAGGCUGUUCAGCAGUACAUCCAGGCUGGUGUAGCUGGCUUCCACAUUGAAGACCAGAUCCAGAACAAGCGCUGCGGUCAUCUUGCUGGCAAAAAGGUCGUUGGUUUGGACGAGUAUCUGACUCGCAUUCGCGCAGCUAAGUUAACGAAGGAUCGGUUGCACUCUGACAUCGUUUUGAUUGCACGCACCGAUGCACUUCAACAACAUGGCUACGAGGAAUGCAUCCGCCGACUGAAGGCUGCACGGGAAAUUGGUGCGGACGUUGGACUACUUGAGGGAUUCACAUCCAAAGAGCAAGCUCGACAGGCAGUGCAGGAUCUGGCGCCUUGGCCUCUUCUCCUCAACAUGGUAGAGAAUGGAGCCAGCCCUCUCAUCACUACAAAGGAAGCAGAAGAAAUGGGCUUCAGAAUCAUGAUAUUCUCCUUUGCCACAAUCACCCCGGCAUACCAAGGUAUCAAGACAACCCUGCAACGGCUUAAGACGGACGGAGUUGUUGGUACGCCCGAAGGCCUAGGACCGAAGACAAUCUUUGAUGUCUGCGGGCUAAUGGAUGCCAUGAAGGUAGACACGGAAUCUGGAGGUGAUGGCUUUGUUGAUGGCGUCUAG